AUGUCCGGAUCAGACAAGACCGACGUCGAGCUCGCCUCUCCAAAGGCCCCACGCGGUCUCUGGGCAUAUCUCGACUCUAGUAUCGACCCCAAGAAAUCCAAUCCAAUUUCACUCUACGCUUGUUUGCUCACUGGAUACACUAGCGCCUUGAGCUUCUCUGCCUGUUUUAUCUGGUGCGGCUUCCAAACCGGAAACGUGGCCAUGUUGGGCAUUGCUGUCGCGCGUACUUUUGACCCGGAAUACGAACGUACAUACCACUUUGAAAAGCCCGACCAACAAGCGGUUAUCUCGGUCCUCGCCUUCCUGAUCGGCACCUCGCUUGGACGUAUCGGUGACCGCAUGGGUGCGAGGAAGCGCUCAUGGCUCAUCCUCGGGACGUUCAUUCAGUGCCUCUGCUGCCUCGCGGCCGCUCUCACUGCCCAUUACUCUGGCGAGGGACCAUACGCAACUUCCCGCUGGGGCCCGUCCUGGGCGACACCGCUCGGCCUGACCUGUCUCGCGUUCCUCUCGGCCUCCCUUGGUCUCCAGGGUAUCAUGGGCAAGCGCGUCGGCUCGCCCAUGAACACGACGGUUGUGCUCACGACGACGUGGGUCGAGAUCUUCAACGACCCCCUCCUCCUCAGCCUGAAGAAGCAGACUGGCCGCGACGUCCGUAUUGGGGGCGUGCUUGCACUGCUGUUUGGCGCAUUCCUCAGUCGCGCACUCACAAACGCUUGCAAUGGUGCGGCGGGUGCGAUCGGAUGCCUCGCCGCGCUCCGCAUGAUCCAGCUCGUGUGGUGGCUCUUUGUGCCAUCUCCUCCUGAGGCGUAG